AGUGAGAGGAGCAGGAGGAGUACAUUUGUGCUGUUUUCCUUUUUGGGCGAUUAUGACGGUUUGUCUUGGCGUUGGUGGUUUCGCGUCUUGUCGCGUUCUUUGUUCCCCGCAGUCUUUAGUAUCCUGCUGCAACUCCUCUGGUAUCUGCUCGGAGAAAUCAACUACGGCAGCAUGGCGAACCGAAUUGGCAGGCGUGGCUAUAAUGAUAGCAACCGGGCGUUUCUUCAAGCAUUUAUGGCCCGGUCAACAUUGACUUUUGAAGAAUCGAAGCCUAUUCUGGCAGCCAUUCUUUCAGUGCAAAAUGGCGAAAUUGUCUCCCCAGACGAUAUCACGGAAGACCAGCUUUCCUCCUAUGUCGACGCUGCGAACGCCGCAAUUUCUCCGUUCGACCUUGAAAUUAGAAGUACUGCGCGCCAGAUUCCGCUUGACCCCGAAGGUUCCAACAACGGGCUACCUGAACGAGUUUAUGCCCUUGUGAACACCACGAGCGAUGGCCUCACCCAGCUGGCAACUACAUACACCGCGGAUGAGAUUUCUUUCGUCAAGCGGAUUCUUGACCGGAUGUUUGACACCAACAACACCAGGAUAACGGAAUCAAUUGUUCUUAGCUCAAUCGAGGCGAUGCAGCUGGCUAAAGCUCCGAGUGAAGGUAACCGUCGGGAGUCAGGAGCUGCCACGCAGCAGACGCAGGGUGGGGCUGCGCAGUCGCUCACUAUGACACAAGCGGAGACUGUGAUGAAGCAGCUUGUAGAAGAUGGUUGGAUGGAAAAAAGCGUGAAGGGAUAUUAUAGUUUGAGCCCGCGCGGCUUGAUGGAGCUACGCGGGUGGUUGGUUGCGACAUAUAAUGACGAUGAUGGCGAGGGCCGGAGGAUCAAGAAGAUCAAAUUCUGCGCUGCCUGCAGAGACAUGAUCACAGUUGGACAACGCUGCGGCAACCGCGAAUGCUUAGGUCGCCUUCACGAUCACUGUACCCGCAAUAUCUUUCGAAUACAAAAGGCUGAGCAAUGUCCUGUAUGCAGCGCAGCGUGGCCGGGGGAUAAAUUUGUUGGAGAGCGCGCCAUCACAUCGACUCAAAAUAAACGGCAAAGUGCCGUCCAACGCAGCAGUGGAGCUGGGCCAAGCACGCAAUUAUCGGAACAGCUUGAUGAGGAGGACAGUGAUUGAGACGCCACCUGGUCUGGUCCUGAUUUCUUAUUAUGCUAUACCACCACUCUAUUGAGUACUUGGACAGAUAUCUGGUCAGUAGCGGAAUGCUGCUGUUGAGGGUUGUUGUCUACAUUUACUCGGACCACUAGAGGGAUCAAUUCUUCUCCUGACACAGGAUAUGUGUGGUCCAUCAUUUUUUUUUUCUUCUGCCACUUAGAGCACAGCUGAGAUACCCCAGGGCUGUGGGAAGCGCAGAAUAACUUGCCACUUCCAGCUCAGACGAGCGC